UAGCAAAACAAGAGUGGUAAGUGACGCUCACAUUCACCUGCGCGCGCGACGAAACCGCAGUUGCACACCGCGAUCGGAGCCGACCGCUUUAACUGUCAAACGCGUUCUUUUUUCGAAUUUCCGAACUUGUGUAGUUGCCAGUGCUGAGGCGACGGAUUUUCCCUGUUUUUCCAGUUUCACCACAUCAUGUCUUCAGAAAGACAUUGGGCGAGUGUUAUUGCCAUCCUGGCCUGUGCAGCGCUAGCAUCAUGCGCACAAAUUGAAGACCCCUGCAAGACAAAGUCGCGCGUGGUAGCCGACGACAAGUACUGCGACAAAUACUGGGAGUGCGACAACGGACAGUCAGUACAGUACGACUGCCCCAACGGUCUGGUCUUCGCUGGGAAACACAGAGGAGUGACGGAGGGCUGCGACUACCCGUGGCGGUCAAACUACUGCGAGUACCCUAAAGUACAAAUCAAUCCCCCAAUCGGCACGGAGCACUGCGACUGGUUGUACGGCAUCUUCGGGCACGAGACAUCCUGCACUCGCUACUGGACCUGCUGGAACGGGACAGCCACUGAGCAGCUGUGCAUCGGCGGUCUGCUGUACAAUGAGAACGCUCACUCUUGCGACUGGCCUGAGAACGUUGACGGCUGCCAGAAACAUCCUCUCUGCAACGAAGAUCCCAACGGCAACGUGCCCCUAGGCAAGUCCUGCAACAGAUACUGGCAGUGCCAAGGAGGAUACCCGCGCCUGCAGAGGUGUCCGGCGAUGCUGGUGUUCGACAGACGGUCGCUGAGGUGUGUUGUGCCGCCCACGGAGGAGUGCGAUGUGCCUACCACGACCGCCCCCCCACCGGAGGAAGAAGAGAACAGACCGAACCCGAACCAGUCAAAGCGGCCCAACAACGAGUACGCCGAGCAGGGCCGCCCCAGACCAAGGAACUAACUUCUAGAACCUUCUAAUGUCUGGUCUGCGAGCACGUAGAAUUUUGUCCAAUGACCCCAAGCUCCCAUCCUUAUCGCACGCGCGUAAUUAUGUUGCUGUCGCGCUCGCACACUCACU